AUGACACGCAAGAACGCCUCCCUUUCCAAGCGUCGCUCCAAACCGAGCCUUAUAGUAACCACCGGCCGCAACGGCCAUGUGAAUGGAAACGGAACCGGCAACAUGAAUCAAAAUAUCGAAAUGCGCAAGCGCGAGACCUCGUCCGAGUCGGCUUCUGAUCAAUCCUCCCGCCUUGUGCGAAGUCCCAAUUUUUCCCUCGACGAUGACCCAGUCAUCGUGCCCCCGACCCCCGUCCUUGCAACAACCAGCUUCCAAAACCUUCCGCGAAACGACCGACGGAACUUCCUUCUUCUCUGCGUUCUAUACUUCUUACAAGGCGUGCCGAUGGGCCUGGCUACGGGAUCGGUCCCUUUCUUGCUGAAGCCUUACCUCUCAUAUGGACAAAUCGGUGUGUUCUCCCUCGCCUCAUAUCCAUACUCUCUCAAGCUGUUCUGGAGUCCCAUUGUGGACGCCGUGUGGAGCCCGCGAUUCGGUCGCCGCAAGAGCUGGAUUACACCUGUCCAGGUCAUUGCGGGGUUGGCCAUGAUCUAUCUGGGCAGUCACAUUGAGGAGAUGAUGGAGCGAGCGGGAGCCAAUGGCGGCGCAGGAGUAUGGAACUUCACCUAUUGGUGGUUCCUGUUGGUCUUCUUCUGUGCGACGCAAGACAUUGCAGUCGAUGGAUGGGCGAUCAGCCUUAUGUCACCGCCCAAUAUCUCCUACGCGUCCACGGCGCAGACCGUUGGCCUGACCGCGGGGCAUUUCCUGUCCUAUACUGUCUUCUUGGCUUUCAACUCCAAGGAUUUUGCCAACCGCUGGUUCCGGGCGGUGCCUGGGGAGGGCGGACUCAUGUCGCUCGGAGGGUAUUUGACCUUCUGGGGAUGGGCCUACCUCAUUGUGACUGUGUGCUUGGCUCUGUUGAAAAAGGAGGAGCGCACCAAGGAGCGCGACAGCAUUCUGGAUGUGUACAAGAGCAUGUGGAGUGUGCUCAAGUUGAAAAACAUUCAGACUAUCAUCCUGAUCCACCUCAUCGCCAAGAUUGGCUUCCAGGCCAAUGACGGUGUGACCAGCUUGAAGUUGUUGGACAAAGGGUUCGGCCAAGACAACAUGGCCCUGGUCGUGCUGAUUGACUUCCCUUUCGAGAUCAUGCUGGGCUACUACGCGGGCAAGUGGUCCACUGAGUAUACUCCCAUGCGUCUUUGGGGCUGGGCUUUUGUCGGCCGUCUGGCCGCUGCGGUUAUGGCCCAAUUCACUGUCAUGAUCUAUCCUAGCGGUACCGACGUGCCAUUCUGGUAUCUUUUGACUGUCAUCUUCGAACAUGUUAUCUCGACAUUUAUGAACACGGUCAUGUUUGUCGCGAUUUCGGCCUUUCACGCCAGGAUUGCCGAUCCUGCUAUUGGCGGUACUUAUAUGACCCUCCUUGCCACUGUCUCCAACCUGGGCGGUACCUUUCCCCGUUACUUUAUCCUCAAGCUGGUUGAUCUCUUCACCGAGGCGACCUGCAUCCCACCCACUGUCGCCCCGCCGGCCGACACCCUCAAAGAUACGCUUAUCACACAGGCUUUCUCCUGCGCGCUUGAGCCCGAGAAAAACCGCUGCCUCAACGGUGGUGGUGUGUGUCAGGUCGACCGUGAUGGCUACUAUAUAACGAACAUGAUCUGCGUGCUGAUUGGCACCAUCACCUUCUUCAUGUUUAUCAAGCCCGCAGCCACCAAGCUGCAGAGCUUGCCCCUACGCGCCUGGCGGUUGGGUAAUGGUCCGGUCGGGCGCAACUGA